UAGGCAGGAAACCUAAUCUUCUAUAUUCAGGCUGCGUUAGGAUUGGACACAAUGGAGUAACAGCUGCGAUAUACAGUUUUAGGCAAAUGCUGUGUCCCUAAAAGGAAUGCAACGCUGCGCACGAAUGCAUUUCCAAAUGCAUUUUCAAAAGCGUAAAUGUGUUUUGCACAUUUAUUUUAAAGGUACAUUUUUAUAUUAAACGACACUUAGUGCUUUUUUAUUGGACUUGUUUUAGUUCGUCCGAAGAGAGGUCCGUGCGUCCUUUAUAAUAAACACCGAGUAAGAACAGAUUACUGUUUUGCUCUUUUAAAAUAAAACGCUGCAGUUUUGGUCUUUCGUAACUGGUACUGUGGAAGGGAUAUUUUUGUAAGGAGAGGUCGAUUGCUAAAGGUGGACCAACUGGGUAUAGUGCUGAAUUUCGAUUUGAGGUUUCUUUUAGCAACUGAGAAUCAGACGAAUUCUCACUGAGGUAAGAAGAAAACAGCGAACUGUUGAAGACCAGGAUCGAACAUCUGGAUUUUCUGUCUCUAGCCAAAGUCAUGGGCAAUAGUGUCUCGAGUAUCCCGACUUUGCAAAGAGGACACCCUAACAGAUUUCACAGACUUCCGAGCUCCCAAAAAGAUUCUCUAGGUGGUCCAUUUCCUGCCAACUCUCAUCGAUGUCACCACAAACCCAAGCGCUGCCUCCCCAUACAGCAGUGUGGUGGGUUCCCCGUCAGCCCCCUGCUCUUCCACCCUAAUGCCAAGGGCUCCCAGAUUGUCAUGGAUCUGACGCAGAAGGCAGUGAAGAGACAGGCCAGCUUCUGCAAUGCCAUCACCUUCAGUAACCGACCAGUGGUUCUUUACGAGCAGGUCAAACUAAAGAUCACAAAGAAGCAAUGCUGCUGGAGUGGGGCUCUAAGGUUGGGCUUUACUGCCAAAGACCCAUCUCGGAUUAACCCAGACAGUCUACCUAAAUACGCCUGCCCUGACCUGGUGUCCCAGAGCGGUUUCUGGGCAAAGGCUCUGCCAGAGGAGUUUGCCAAUGAAGGCAACAUCAUUGCUUUUUGGGUGGACAAAAAGGGACGGGUGUUCUACAGGGUCAACGACUCCAGCCCCAUGCUAUUCUUCAGUGGAGUCCGAAUCACCGAACCUCUCUGGGCCCUGAUCGAUGUGUAUGGGCUGACUCGCGGGGUACAGUUGCUUGACAGUGAGAUUGUGCCACCAGACUGCCUGCGCCCACGCUCCUUUACUGCUGUGCGGAGGUCUUCUCUGCGCAGAGAGGCAGACGAGGCCCGGCUCUCAGUCAGCCUCUGUGACCUCAACCUUCAAGAGGAGCAUCUGCAGCUGACUUCGGCCGCAUGCCCGAUUCCACAGAAUUCUCUCAACUCCCAGCAGUCCCACCUGCUGCCCUCUCACCUGGACAGUGACCUGCACUUCCACCAGCUGCGGGGGGCUCACAUAAAGACCCUGGACGAGCAAACAGUGGCGCGCUCUGAGCACACCCGCGAAGAGAGGACUCUGGUGUUCACCAAUCGCCCGCUCCACAUAGGGGAGACCAUCUUCAUCAAAAUCGCCAAAUCCAAUAUGGCCCGUUCCGGCUCACUGUCCUAUGGGGUUACCUCCUGCGACCCUAGUGUGCUGCGGCCCAGCGACCUGCCCUACAACCCCGAGUCCCUGGUAGACCGCAAGGAAUUCUGGGCUGUCUGCAGAGUACCCACCCCCCUCCAUAAUGGCGACAUUCUUGGCUUCUUGGUUAACCAAGAGGGCGAGGUCAUUCUUAGCCAUAACGGCACAAACGCUGGUAUGCAAGUCUGCGUGGAUAACUCCCGUCCGCUCUGGAUGUUCUUUGGGCUUCAUGGUGCAGUAGCACAGCUGAAGAUUUUGGGUUCUACACACUUACCUGAUCCACGAGGGCCCUCAGCUCCCAGCUCCCCUUCCUCCACUCCUAACACCCCCACAGGGCUAUGCAGUGGCAGCUCAGACCCCACCCUCAAUGCCAGUGGCUCUGGCGCCCUCUGCAGCUCCACAGGAGGUACAACCCCAAGCUCCCCCAUCAGUCUCCCAGAGUCCCCAACCUUCCCAUCAAGCUCUGGAUCCUGGAGUGAUGAGUGCACCAUCUGCUAUGAGAACAUGGUGGACACUGUGAUCUAUGCCUGUGGGCACAUGUGUCUCUGCUACACCUGUGGGUUAAAGUUGAAGAAAAUGUCCAAUGCCUGCUGUCCAAUAUGCAGGAGGAGCAUCAAAGACAUCAUAAAGACCUACCGAAGCACAUAGAUGUACAUCACUAUACAUUCGGAAAGCAAGAUAGAGAGAAAGACCUGUAUGUUAAAGGAACACUCAUCUGGUACAAGAUGAGCCAUUUCAGUUACUGAUUUAUUAUUAAGGAAAAUUUUCUGGGUUUGAUAAGAUAAAGUAAGGAAUCCACUAAGGUCCUUAAUUUCAGUAGGAUUCGAUUUCUUUGAUUCUCUAUAUGUUAUGACCUGGAAGAUCUUGGGACAGAAAUGCAUCCUCUUAUGAAUACCACAAUUACUGAGGAUACUUAGUGCUUCAGAGACACUAACCAGGAGUAUCCUGGUGUUGAAAUGUUUAUUGGUUAUGCCUGGGCUGGGUGAGCUGGACAGUGGCGCUUCAUCUGGAAAUAGCUGCAUUCUUCAGUAGGCAUAAAUGUUUGUGAAUUCCAAUGAAGUAUGGAUGAAGAAGAAACAUUAUUUUAAUUCCUUUACUUAGCUGUGUGCGUCCCUCCACACCAGUCUAUGGAAUAUAAACGGAGUCUCGCAGAGAAAAGGAGCUAAUUGGUCAACUUCUCAACCGCAAAGGGAUACUGCCAUCUUAUAACAGAACUUCUGUUUUUGUGCAGUUUUGGACAGUUCCACUUAAGCAGCAAUUUGGAAAGCAACACAAAUUAUAGCAAAGUGGGUAAUACUCAACAUUAAACAAAUAGACAACAGUGCUGCGAAUAAUGUUACUUAAACAGUCACUGUACUAUAGGUGUCCAUAAGGUUCUGCAGAGAUAUUAUGCCAGCUAUUGUAAGAUUAAUACAAAGUUGGUUUGCCUUUCAUACAGCUGCCUGGGAGUGGCUUGCCAUUGAAUGGCACCACUGUUCGUUAUGGCAUAUCACAAAGUGGCAAUUUAUGCCUUCUGAGUGUACCACUGCUUCCAACAUUAUCUGCAAGUCACCGGCAACCAUCCAUCCAUUUUCUACAUACAUCAUCCACUUCAGGGUCGUGAGGAAACCUGUCUUUGCAAGUAAAAGGUGCAAGGUGGGGUACACCCAGGGCAGGACACCAGUCCAUCACAGGGCACACACAGACACAGAAACGGACUCACACAC